UGGUAGCGGACGUGACGAAGCUGAAGAACUCGCUGCGAGCAGAGUCGAACGCGGGACGGACUCUGACGGGCAGGACGUUAGGGACGCAGGCAUAUGACAACAGUGGAACGCAUGGACGUACCUUCCAAGUCCGCCGUUUGAGACUGGCUAGUGUUCUGUCGAGAGCUGGGAGGGCAUGCUUGUACUUGGUUCGACGGAUACUCGUCAGUGACCAGUCGGUGGAUGCCAAUGAGUGAUAGCGUACCUAACGAGUCGGUGGUCUCCGGACUCUGGCAGGGCUGUAGUUCGACAGGAUCACGUAUGCCGUGCGAUCAUCCUGGAUGCCUCCUUGGUUCGAAUGCAAGUCUGGUGCAGGAAUCGUUAGCGCAGCCCGAGACUCGAGGACACUGGCGACCGCCUACAGCGGUCCUGCUGCCUGACGAUCGACUUCUGCGUAGCGACCGUGCCCAUCCCGGGCCGAGCCCCAUCGUGCAGCUCAGCCCAUCUCACGAUAGCCGAUUGGUUCAUCGGACCCCGCCGAGUCGCAAUUCAAAGGCACGGCGCUCCGGACGCAGCAAGACAUCAUCAAGAUGUUGCAAAUUGCACAGUAGUGCCACGUCCGAGAUUCCCGUUCGGUGCGCUUCCGAAUGUCGUCAGCUGCAAGCCCACGGCAGACGACGAGUCGCGUAUUCGAUACAACACGACGACCAGUGGACAGCGGCAUCGUCUACUACCCGCAACACGACUGGACCGACGACACUGCGCAUGAUUUUUGCAGACCAGUCCUGCAUGCGUCUGGCGGUCUCUGGCAGCGGCGCGUCCCCAUGUAUCAAUCAAGGGACAGGCACAUGAGGCCCAGAACACCGACCUCCGAUCGUGUGCAACGAGCCACACCAGUACCGCAACGCUGGUCCGGGCUCUCGCACACGUCACGGCGAUCGGGAUGACCGGUAGUCUCGGAUGCCCUGUCUCCUCUAGCGAAGGAUACACCCACUACGUACGGUAAGUACUGGUGUAUAGUAUGGUGUAUUGUGCGUGAAGCACGUAUAUUCCAAUUCGUAUUGAAGAGACCGUCAGCUUGUCGAUUGACCGAGUUGGCAAGAGAAGUGGCGACGUACCAGUUCGUCUUACGUGGG